AUGAGUAAUAGUAAUAAUAAGAAUAAUAGUGCAGGUGAUAAACCUAAAUUAACUCUUUGGCAAAGAUGGAAGAUGGUACCACCUAAAACAAGAAUAUAUAUAUCAUUUGGAAUGUUGGUAUUAUCAAGUGUAGGACUAUCGAUUGAACUAUUAUUAAAAGAUGAAGAUAGCCCACUAAGAAAUACGUUCAACCGUAAAGAUACAACCUAUAUAACAAUCGAUUACACAAAACCAAAAGAUCAAAGAGUAACAAAGAUUAGAAAUGGUAUGGUUGUUCAAGGUAAUGGUACUAUAGAAGAUAGUACUCCACCUCCAUCUAGAUUCUCUUCAUUUUUGGAUCAAAAAAUAAAAGAAAAAGAACAACUAGAACUAGAACAACAACAACAACAACAACAACAACAAUCAUCCAUAGAUAAUAAAAAGGAAAUGUAA